UUGCUCUAUUUAUAGCAGGGGCGUUUAAGGCGUAGAGAGGUAAGAUCUGUAGAAAGUUUCUCCUACUUCAAUUUUCUCUCAACUUGUCUCAAUCUUGCAAGAAUGGGAAGUUCUGGGGGAACCACAUAUGGGGAGUACACCUAUGAGAACCUGGAGAGGGAGCCCUACUGGCCUUCAGAAAAGCUCCGGAUUUCCAUUACUGGAGCAGGUGGAUUCAUUGCCUCGCAUAUUGCCCGGCGAUUGAAGACUGAGGGCCAUUACAUUAUUGCGUCUGAUUGGAAGAAAAAUGAACACAUGCCUGAGGACAUGUUCUGUCACGAGUUCCACCUUGUUGAUCUUAGGGUGAUGGAUAAUUGUUUGAAGGUCACAACUGGAGUAGAUCAUGUGUUCAACCUUGCUGCUGAUAUGGGGGGUAUGGGCUUCAUUCAGUCCAAUCACUCUGUUAUCAUGUAUAACAACACAAUGAUUAGCUUCAACAUGCUUGAGGCUUCAAGAAUCAAUGGGGUUAAGAGGUUUUUCUAUGCAUCCAGCGCUUGUAUUUAUCCUGAAUUUAAACAGUUGGAAACUAAUGUGAGCUUGAAGGAGUCUGAUGCUUGGCCUGCCGAGCCUCAAGAUGCCUAUGGCUUAGAGAAGCUCGCAACUGAGGAGUUAUGCAAGCACUACACUAAGGACUUUGGAAUUGAGUGUCGCAUUGGACGGUUCCAUAAUAUAUAUGGACCUUUUGGAACAUGGAAAGGUGGGAGAGAGAAGGCUCCUGCUGCAUUCUGUAGGAAGGCCAUCACAUCCACUGACAAGUUUGAGAUGUGGGGAGAUGGGCUGCAAACUCGGUCUUUCACCUUCAUUGAUGAAUGUGUAGAAGGUGUCCUGAGAUUGACAAAGUCAGACUUCCGGGAGCCAGUGAAUAUUGGAAGUGAUGAAAUGGUUAGUAUGAAUGAGAUGGCUGAAAUUGUCCUAAGCUUUGAGAAUAAGAACCUACCCAUCCAUCACAUUCCUGGCCCAGAGGGUGUACGUGGUCGAAACUCAGACAAUAAUCUGAUCAAGGAGAAGCUUGGUUGGGCCCCUACCAUGAGAUUGAAGGAUGGGCUGAGAAUUACAUAUUUCUGGAUCAAGGAACAAAUUGAGAAAGAGAAAGUUCAAGGAAUUGAUUUGUCAGUCUAUGGGUCAUCAAAAGUGGUGGGAACACAAGCACCUGUUCAACUGGGUUCUCUUCGUGCUGCUGAUGGUAAAGAGUGAAGUUUGUUUCAUGCCCCUUUGGAAGACAAAGUCCUAUAAUCAAUUCCACCAGAUUUUGAGGGGAUGGAUCACCUGGGUAUGGACAAUUUUCAGAUUGCUAGCUACUAUUUGGCGUUUAUGUUAAGUACUUCAUAUGUAGAAGGAUGCCUCCAGUCUGGUUGUAUCUUCUAGGUUCCUGGAGAGAGUGACCUCUUUUGUACCAUUAUAUAUGCUUAAGAACUAUAUUAUGCAUCUCUUUAAAAUAAUAUAAUAUGGUCCUGUUUUUCUAUUUUUGUGAGGCCCUUUCUUUUAUUUGGAUAAAGCCUUCCUGCAAGUCAUUGUCUAGGAAGCAUUGUAACCGUUAAAUGUCAAUUAUAAUAAAUGGCAUUCUUUUUUGCCUUUGUAGUUGAAA